AUGUCAAAAGCUACUGAAAUAAUGCAAAAUCUAUUUUUUGAAGAUAUUUUUGAAGUACAAGGUCAAGAAGAUACGCCUUUGGAUGAGUUUCCAAUUUUGUCAUUGUUAGCACAUAAAUAUUUGUGCAUACCAGCAACUUCUGUCCCAUGUGAGAGACUUUUCUCAGAUGCAGGAAACCUGAUUACUCCCCAACAUACACGAUUAAGCUCAAAGACUAUUGGAAAAAUUCUUUUUUUUAAGCGUAAUGCUGAACAUUUGAGUAGAUUUAAAAAUUAUGUAUAA